AUGUUUGGUGCAAGACAGACGUGUUGUUGCAGCAACUUUGGCGCAGCAGACGUGUUGUCGCAGCAGGCUAGUGUUGGUUGCAGCGACGUUUGUUGGCAGUGGGAAGGGUCGCGGACGGAGUGUUUGUCGCAGCAGAGGUUGUUGUCGCUGCAGACGUGUUGUCGCAGCAGACGUGGGUUGCUGCAGAGACGAGGGUUGUCGCAGCACGUGUUGUCGCAGCGACAACGUGUUGUCGAUGCAGACUGUUUUUUUGCUUAG